CCGGCCGCUGAGCAGAGCAGAGUGGCCCUUCGCCGCUCCGGUCCAGCACAAGCAUAUUCCGUGGGGAGGUGGCAGAGGAACAGCAGAGGGCGCUGCCGGACAGGUCCAGGCCCGGUGGCGCGGAGCGGCAAGAAUGCAGCGCAAGGGAGGGUUGCUGACUGCUGGGCGAGCAAGAGGAGCUGAUGCUGCAAAGCCGCCCGCCUUUCCCGGUGGGGACCAUGAGGAGCGCUGAGCAAGAAGAAGAGUGGAGAGGCUACGCUUAGCUUCGCCGACCCCGGUUAGCUAGCGCGCUUGACUAUGGCUGGGGGAAGGAGAGGGCUGGUGGCUCCACAGAACACCUUCCUGGAGAAUAUCGUGCGGAGGUCCAACGAUACAAAUUUUGUCCUGGGUAAUGCGCAGAUAGUGGAUUGGCCCGUUGUUUACAGCAAUGAUGGAUUCUGCAAGCUGUCAGGAUACCACCGAGCAGAAGUUAUGCAAAAGAGCAGCACCUGCAGUUUCAUGUAUGGAGAGCUGACAGAUAAAGACACAAUUGAUAAGGUUCGGCAAACUUUUGAGAACUAUGAGGUGAACUCAUUUGAAAUCUUGAUGUACAAGAAAAAUAGGACUCCUGUUUGGUUCUUUGUGAAAAUUGCUCCAAUUCGAAAUGAACAGGACAAAGUUGUUUUGUUUCUUUGCACUUUCAGUGACAUCACAGCUUUCAAACAGCCUAUUGAGGAUGACUCAUGCAAAGGUUGGGGAAAGUUUGCUCGUUUGACACGUGCACUAACAAGCAGCCGAGGAGUCCUGCAGCAACUUGCUCCCAGUGUGCAGAAAGGAGAGAACGUUCACAAGCAUUCCCGUCUAGCAGAGGUCUUGCAGUUGGGCUCUGAAAUCCUCCCGCAAUACAAGCAAGAAGCACCAAAGACCCCACCACAUAUCAUUUUACAUUAUUGUGUUUUCAAGACUACUUGGGAUUGGGUGAUUCUGAUUUUAACUUUCUACACUGCAAUUUUAGUCCCUUACAACGUCUCAUUUAAAACCAAACAGAACAAUGUGGCUUGGCUGGUAGUGGACAGCAUCGUAGAUGUCAUUUUUCUGGUAGACAUUGUGCUUAAUUUUCACACCACAUUUGUUGGGCCUGCCGGAGAGGUGAUCUCUGAUCCAAAGCUGAUCCGCAUGAAUUACUUGAAGACCUGGUUUGUAAUUGAUCUUCUCUCCUGUUUGCCAUAUGAUGUGAUCAAUGCAUUUGAGAAUGUUGAUGAGGGCAUCAGUAGUCUGUUCAGUUCCCUUAAAGUAGUCAGGCUGCUUCGACUAGGUCGUGUGGCUCGAAAAUUGGAUCACUAUAUUGAAUAUGGAGCGGCUGUCUUGGUUCUUUUGGUGUGUGUCUUUGGUCUUGCAGCCCAUUGGCUGGCCUGCAUUUGGUACAGUAUUGGGGACUAUGAAGUUAUCAAUGAGGAUAAAAACACAAUACGAAAUGAAAGCUGGCUCUACCAGCUAGGGGAAUCCAUAGGAUCGCCUUAUCAAUUGAACACAACAACUGGAAAAUGGGAAGGCGGACCAAGCAAGGAUUCUGUUUAUAUCUCUUCAUUAUAUUUUACAAUGACUAGUCUGACAAGUGUUGGAUUUGGGAACAUUGCACCAACGACAGAUGGAGAGAAGAUCUUUGCUGUUGCUAUGAUGAUGAUUGGCUCUCUGUUAUAUGCAACCAUUUUUGGGAAUGUGACAACUAUCUUUCAGCAAAUGUAUGCUAAUACAAACCGAUAUCACGAAAUGCUGAACAGUGUCCGGGACUUCCUGAAGCUCUAUCAAGUGCCCAAAGGCUUGAGUGAACGUGUGAUGGACUACAUUGUUUCUACCUGGUCAAUGUCCAGGGGCAUUGAUACUGAAAAGGUUUUACAGAUCUGUCCUAAGGACAUGAGAGCAGAUAUCUGUGUACAUCUGAAUCGAAAAGUUUUUAAAGAGCACCCAGCAUUCAGACUGGCUAGUGAUGGGUGCCUGCGAGCUCUUGCAAUGGAAUUUCAGACUGUGCAUUGUGCUCCGGGAGAUCUCAUUUACCAUGCGGGUGAGAGCGUGGACAAUCUGUGCUUUGUGGUUUCAGGAUCCUUGGAGGUGAUCCAAGAUGAUGAAGUUGUUGCAAUUUUGGGCAAAGGGGAUGUCUUUGGUGAUGUCUUCUGGAAAGAGACAACUCUUGCCCAGUCCUGUGCGAAUGUAAGGGCUUUGACUUACUGUGACCUUCAUGUAAUUAAACGGGAUGCCUUACAGAAAGUGCUGGAGUUCUACACAGCCUUUUCACAUUCUUUCUCCAGGAAUCUCAUCCUGACCUACAAUUUGCGAAAAAGGAUUGUAUUCCGGAAGAUCAGUGAUGUAAAACGAGAAGAAGAAGAGAGAAUGAAAAGGAAGAAUGAAGCCCCUUUGGUCUUGCCACCUGACCAUCCAGUCCGUCGACUUUUCCAAAGAUUUCGGCAGCAGAAGGAAGCCCGACUAGCUGCAGAAAGAGGAGGCAGAGAAGACUUUGAUGUUGAAAAGGGCAACAUUUUAGGAGACCACUCUUCCCACACAGUUGUCAAAGCCAGCAUUGUCACUGUAAGGGAAAGCCCUGCAACCCCAGUUGCCUAUCAGUCUGCUUCAACAUCAGGUGUAUCUGAUCAGGCCAAACUUCAAGCUCCAGUUUCAGACUAUGUUGGUGGGAAAGCAGCAGGAGAUUAUCCAAAGCGUAAAGGCUGGGCAAAAUUCAAAGAUGCUUGUGCCAAGGGAGAGGACUGGAACAAAGUUUCCAAAGCUGAAUCCAUGGAAACGUUGCCAGAAAGAACAAAAGCAACAGGUGAAGCUACUUUGAAAAAGACAGACUCUUGUGACAGUGGCAUCACAAAAAGUGACCUGCGCUUGGACAAUGUGGGGGAAACACGAAGUCCUCAGGAUCGAAGUCCCAUCCUUGCGGAAGUCAAACACUCUUUCUACCCUAUCCCUGAACAGACUCUCCAGGCAACUAUGCUGGAAGUGAAACAUGAAUUGAAGGAGGACAUCAAAGCUUUAAAUACAAAAAUGACCAAUAUAGAAAAACAGCUUGCUGAGAUACUAAGGAUAUUAGCCUCUCGAAGAAGCUCUCAGACACCACAGGAGCUGUAUGAAAUAUCAAGACCCCAAUCUCCAGAAUCAGAAAAAGAUAUGUUUGGAGCAAGCUGAGUGGUUCUUUAAACAGGAGUGAUUUGAAUAUCCCUAAAAACACUAUCCAACACCCACUUAAUGUGUUUAAGGAAAUGGACAUUUAAUCUUUUUUUUUUUUGAUGAUCAUGAUUUGAGGGGCCAGCUUGUUAACCAUGUCCCCUCUCUCUUAAUGGUACAGUGACAAGAACUGCAACCUCAUGUCAAGAUGGCAGCUGACUCUGAAGUCUUUUUUGACAGCAAGGGUACAGUUUAUAAUGUUUUUCCUACUUCAUUCAUGCAUCCUUUUCCACUCAAAGUUAUUUUUGACAAAAACAAAACCAUAGAACUGAAGUUCAAGCAUUAGCUUCAUAUACAAUAUUUACCAAGUUUGUAGAAUCUCUUCAAAUGGAAUGUGUGAGACCCAAUUCUCCUUGAUCUUAAGAUAAUAUCUGUAGAAGGGCUCCACAAAAACAAAAACAAAAACAAAGACUCAAUUUGUGAAAACUUUGAUCCUUAUUGAGUGGGAAGAUUCAUGUGGCCCUCUCAUGUGAGAUAUUAUUGUGUAUGUGUGGUGGAAGAGAUCUCCUCCACUCCUCUUUAAAAAUACUUAAGUUUUAGGCAAUUGGACCAGGGAAGUUCAACUGUGUCCUUUCCAAGCUUCAGGUUGCAAAAAUGUCUUUACAUUUUUUAAAUUUGUUGGUGGGUAGCUGAAUAAGUUCUUGCCUGGUGAAAUGAACUUAUUUUGUCUCUUCCCCCCCCCAUCAGAAUUUUUAGGGAUUCCUGUUGUAGUAAUCAAGAAAAGACCCAGAAAUGAGAUGACAUUUAUGGAAUUUAUUAUCAAGAAGUAUAGUUUUUAAUUUCAGCUAUGAUUCAUAGCAGGCAUUAUAAUUUACCACAUAGUUGGUAAUAUCUCUUUACAAAAAUAGAAUAUUAAUUGGCCAAGGAGCUCAGCUGUCCGAAGUAGUGAAGCUUUUUCAAACAAAAGCUUCUACUUAGAGUGGUAUUAAUGACAAGAAAAAUUGCUUUCUUGCCCACACUAAAUAUUUAUCACAUUUUGUACUUACUUCAUUUUUAAAAAAAAAAACCUACUUAUUUUAUCAUUGAGUUUCUUUUCAGCACUAUAAACACCAAAGGAUGUUGAAAUAUUUAUACAUCAGAAGCAAUGAUGCAUUAAUAACAAACAAACCAUUUCAAUGUAUUUGUUCAUUGUAAUGGUCUCCAGUACCUCAUGAAGAAGUGUGUAGUAUUUAUUCUUAUUCUGAAAGCUCUGAUUAUUCUCUGAUCUUUUCUUAAAAUAACUGAUUAGGUCAUGAAUGAAACAUAAUGGGGAAGACAUGCAAGGGUUCUAAUAUAAUCACAUCAAGGAGAAAUAGAAUCUGCUUGUAUGGUCUGUGGUUCAGCAAGAUUUCUCUUAGAUUCCACAAUUAUUUUUACAAUCAGAAUGUGAUUAUACUAAACCAUAAUGUGCUUUCUUUGUUUUAUAUACACACCAUUAUGAUUUAGUGUUAUGAACAAAAUAAUCCACAAUGACUUAUUUAGUAAGUUAUGUUUUUAAAUUCCUGGCAUAGCAUUGGACAUAAGGAAAAAUCAUGGAUUGGUGGUUGUUGGAAAUUAAUAACUGACCUGUCAUCUGUAGAAUAUCGUAAGAUAAUUUCAAAGCAUAUAAAGGAGCCAACUGAUGCAACGUAUAGUAUUGGUUUUUAAGAGCAGGGCUAGUGCACAAUUGGAGCAACCAUAAUACUAAAAUAGUGUGUCUUGAGAUAUUUAAUCCUGCAGCAAUUGCAGGAAGAAAGAUAACAUAGCUAUAGCCAAUUAAGACCCAUAGCUUUCAGCGCCAGCUGGGUCUAUUUACCUUUAUUUACCUCUCCCUCCUCCUUUCUAUAUACUUCUUUUGGAAUAGUCUAUGGGCUGUUGGACAUAACUUCUUUAGUUUCCUGGAUCAGAUACAUAACACUGUAUCUGCCUUUCCGUUCUAAAUGUAUGUGUUUGUUUCUGAGGCCAGGAGAUUCAAUCAAAGAAAUAGAUCUUUCUAAAUUAAACAGGGAAUUUGUGCUUAAACAUCCAGCAUAUAAUUAUGUCAGAACAAUUAAAUUUAGUGACACUGUUGUAUCAUUAGACAGGAACAGGGUUUCCAUAAAAACAACAUUAUUUAAUACAGAUAUAGUGCCUCCCUGUUUACCAUGGUUUGAAACUAGGAUCCAAGUUUAAGAUUUGACUCCCCUGUCCUCCCCUCUCUUCUUCUACAAUGCAACAGCCCUCUUCCUUUCUCUGCCUACCUAAAUCAGAGUUUAGCAGCACUCUGGCAGUAAUCAUAAAUUAGAUUAAAUAGAUAGUCAGUGUAGCCUGAUUAAACUCAAUGCAUUUGUAAUCUUAAACCAUGGUCAAAACAAAAAUGAGAGUGGGAGGAAUACUGAGGAGCAAAGAGCUUGCUCAGGAAUAUUUUUUUGGUUUUCAACUGUGCUUUGUAGAAUUUGUGCUUAUUCUGUGCAUAUGGAAGAGAGGCACAUGUUUUCUAGAAAAGGGACAAACCCCCCACCCCUGAUUUACAGGUAGUUUUUUAUUUAUAACCAUUCAAUUAGCAACUGUUCAAAGUUACCACAGCUCUAAAAGAAGUGACUUAUGACUGAUCCACUUAGGACCAUUGCAGCAUCUCCGUUGUCACAUGAUCAUGAUUCAGGUGUGAUCAUCGUUUGCAACCUUCCCAGCUUCUGACAAGCGAAAUCAAUGGGGAAGUCAGCAGGAAAGGUCACAAGUUACGGUCAUGUGAUGGUCACCAAGAGCCGUGUUGGCACAGUGGUUGGAAUGCAGUAUUGCAGGCUACGUCUGCUGACUGCCAGCUGCCAGCAGUUUGGCAGAUCGAAUCUCACCAGGCUCAAGGUUGACUCAGCCUUCCAUCCUUCUGAGGUCAGUAAAAUGAGGACCCAGAUUGUUGGGGGAAAUAUGCUAACUCUGUAAACCGCUUACAGGGGGCUGUAAAGCACUGUGAAGCGGUAUAUAAGUCUAAGUGCUAUUGUUAUCCACAGCAAAAAAGAGCUAUAAAAUUGGACACAGUCACAUGAUGUCUCACUUAAUGACUGCACCACUUAAUGAAUUUUCCAGUCCCCAUUUUGAUUGUAAAUGUAGGACUACCGUUAUUCUACAUUUAGAUUUCAUUAACAUGAAAAGGAGAACCAUAUUACUACCUUUGGAAAUCCCUUCGAGCUGUACUCAAGAUUUUCAGAGUUCUCAUUUUGUCACAGCAUUCAUUUCUGUUGUGAAAAGUAAUACUUCUGUAUUCCAUGCAGGCACAUGAAGUUGAUAAUGGUGGGGAUUCCAAUUUAUUUAUUUAUUGGUUUGAUUUAUAUGCCGCCCUUCUCUGGAGACUCAGGGCAGCUUACAAUGCGUUAAGCAAUAGCCUUCAUACUUUUGUAUAUACCUGCUUAGUAGGGCUUUCGCCUCCCCCUAAGCGGUGUUCUUUUUUAUACAAAGUCACCUUAUUGCCCCCACAAUCCGGGUCCUCAUUUUACCUACCUCAAAAGGAUGGAAGGCUGAGUCAACCUUGAGCCUGGUGAGAUUCGAACUUGCAGUAAUUGCAGGCAGCUGGUACUACUUAACAGCACUUUAGUCUGCUGCGCCACCAAGGCUCUUAGCUAAUUGACCUGUGGCAUAAUGCCUUUCUGAUACAGUAGCAGCUUAUUCAUUGCCAUCUGACAAUACAGAUUUCCCUAUAUAUUGAUCAGGUCAAAUAAGCCACUGUAUGAAAAUAGAAACUGAUUCCAAUUAUAUACAUCACAUAAUGUUUGGUAGUUAGUAACUCUGUUGAAGUCCUGGAAGUAACUGUAGAGGAGAUUAGUUUUAAAAUUAAUCUCUUCUGUAUAGGGUUAUAUCACAAAGUUAAAUCAUGAGGUUUUGUGCAAACAUUAGUGCCACUUUGCUGAAUAUAUCAUGCAUGUCAUUUGCAUUGAUAAGUUCUAGAAGUGGAGUGUUUAGUGGCUGUUUAGUUAGAAACAAAAUGAAUUAAAGGCCUUUUAACGUAUUUUAAAAGGCAUUUCUACUUAAUAGGACUUUUUAAAAAAAAAUAACUUUGAUCCAGUGGUAUAUGAAUACAGCUCUUUCCUACUGGACCCUACUGUAUCUGCUAACUUUUUUUCUAUGGUGGCCUCUUGUAUUUUCAGAGCAUCAUUUGGAAAUGUGUAGGGUCCAGCUGGAAGAAAGAAUAAAAGUUUCUCCACUUCAGACAGAAGUUUAUUUUUGGUUAUAUAAUAAGAGCUUUGUAUCCCUGUUGAUGUAGUUAGUUUGAAUGUCUGAAUUUAUAAAAACUGUAAGUGGGAGCAGCCAUCUUAGGAGAUAAAUUGCUGCUUUAUCCAAUCAGGUGAAGAUGCCAUAUUUCUCACAGCCUUAAUGUGGUCAUAUAGGAAGCAACCAAAAAUGAAGAAAAUGGGCCUUGAGGUUCUUAGUGGCCUCUGACCUUGGAUGUUUUCCUGCAGUCCUUGGGUUAAUAAUGUUAUCUAGCCUGGUAACCAAACCUCUGCAGGACAACAACCAAAUUCAGAGAAUACCAAGAACACAAACAUUUCAAUCCUAAAAUACAUAUGAUGUGCAUUAUUGAAAAUAGGUUUUCUUCUCUUCAAAUCAUCAUUUAUCCAUAUGCAAAAUUGUGUAGUUUUAAAUUUAUUAAUCUGUUAAUCAGUGUAAAGCCAUAUAAUUAAUAAUUUAAGAUGUGUACAACUGGGAAAUUAUUCUUGCACUAUAUACCAAAGGUAUACUGAAAGUAAUCAAGUUUUUUUAAAAUUGCCUUGGCAUACUUUUAGCCAUUUGUAAGAAAAGAAGAUGUGGAAGAUAAAUCUUGUAUAGAUUUAUCAUCUAGAGUAAGGUAGCUUAGAAAUGUAAUUAAUAUAUUAUUAAGGCUUUUAUAGGUACUAUGUGUUAUUAAAAGUGAUAGCCUUAUAUCAGCUUUUAAGUGUGUGUGUGUGUGAGAGAGAGAAUGGGGGGGAGAGGGAGGGAGAGAAGGAAAGAGAGAGAAUGUAAUACUGUUCAGCAUUGUGAUUUUUAAAAAUGAUGCUGUAGUUUAAUAUCCGUGAAAUAGAAGACCCUCGUAUUGCAGGAUGUUAACAUAGCAAAAAGGCUGCUGCUGCUGCUCAUCACAAUAUUCUUUAAUAUAUAUAUAUAUAUAUGAGAGACAUAGUUUAUGGGUGGCAAUAGGGCAUAAUUUCAAGUGAUCGUUUUAUUAUUUGAUAAUCCAUAGACGGGGUGGGCCAAUAUUGGUGCUCAUUUUAUUAUCUUUUUGCUUUAAAAUAUUUCAUUCUUUUCAGCCACAAAAUGGUGCUUAGUCCUGAUAAGACAUAUGGGCAUCGCAAGCCCUGAGGUCCUUAAGUCUAAAGUCUAAUGUACUGAGUUGCCCACUUAUUAUGGAAGGAUUAUGGUCACUGAGAGGGACAUUGCUAGAUUAUGAUAUACUAUCAUCAACGGCCACAUGAACUCUGGUUUGACUAAUUGCAUUUCUGGUUGGUUAGCCAAAAGCAAUUUCUAGGGCUAAAUACCCUAAUGGGGAAGGAGCACUGUGGCUGUUUGUUCUGUUUUCUGAGCAGUGCAUCCCCCAAAAUUGUGAAUUUCAAGCUCCAUCUAUAAAGGGAAUUUAAACAGAGAUUUUGGAUGUAAUUAAAUCAGACCAACCCAUCUUAGGCUCGACUGAUCCUGUGUUGUCUAUAUUUUGCCACCCAGUGAGUUUUAAAAGCUUAGAGGAUUGCAAAAGCAAGGCAUUGGCAGGCUGAUAUAUUUUGUGGGAGGAGGUUGUGCAGAACAGCAAUAAUAAUGCAGGAAGACAAGACACUGAAAUUCUAAGCAUUUUUGGAGUCCAACUUUGAAGUCAAUUUGGUUCAGGAAUACCUGCCCACAGGCUUUGCUACAUAGCAAGUGUAUAAAGUCUGUAAACUUUUUACAGGAAAAAAAAAAAAAUAGCGGCAAUGCCACAUAGGACCAUUGCUAUCCUUUCUAUUCCUAUUCUCCAUUAAUUCAGCUGUGCCCUACAAGGGAAAAUGUAAUAUCACUAAGAUCAACAACAGAUUAUUUUUAAUGCACUGACAAUGGCAACUUGCAGGAUCAGGUUUGAGAGCAGACUUUUCCCCCUGCUGUCCUGUGUCUUGGAAUAAGGCUUAUUUAACUUCAUUGUAAGGAUAUGAGUAUACUCUACAAGUUAUUUGGAGUUCCUAAGUAUGACAUGUUGAUAUUUGAGGUUUGUUCAUCACAGGCUUGAAGACACUGGAGCCAAGCAGCUCCUAAAUCAGGGUUUAUUCCAUAUGAUGAAACCUUUCCCCCUCUCCCGAUUAGUAUGCAUAUUUUUUGCAACACAGCUAUAAGUAAAAAAUGUUCGUUAACUCCCAUAGAAGCAGCCAUCACUAAUGUCCCACAUUACACAAUUCUGUCUUCAGAACAUUGAUUACCUAAAUAGCUAAAUAAAUAAAUAUGACUGGGUUUGGUUUCCUGUCCCAAAGGUGCUUUUUCCAAAAGGCAAGUGGACUUUCUUGGUUUUUGCUUUGAAAACAUUGUGCUUCUCAUCCAAGAAACGU